AACAGCUAAAAAUAGUCCCCACCUCCCCAAGUUCCUUCAGUCCCUUGCGUAAAACAUGGUUCUGUGCCCUACAUCCCUGUUCAGUUAUAGGCACUCGGAUGUUAAAAAGAGGUCAAGAUUAGGACUUCAUGAAAGACAUGACUGACCUAAAUGACACACAAGAGGAUGAGUAUGGAUACGAAUACUCAGAGUUCGGAUGGACCAGAAGGCUCAAACCCACAGCUGUCACUUGUGCCCCACAGAGCGAGUCCAACAAUGUGACAGUAGGCUUAACCACAACAAUGACAGCAGGUCAUCCUGACCCUACCAUUAUCGCUGUCUCGACGGCCCAUGACACGUGCCUUGCCCAGCAACAGUCCACUUUAACGACUCUGAGUGAGAGGGAACCCAGCUGGGCCACAGACCAGAUUGAGGACAGUGACAUCUGUACUGGUCCUCCUCCCACAGACCAGAUUGAGGACAGUGACAUCUGUACUGGUCCUCCUCCCACAGACACAGGCGUGGAGCCCUUCUGUCCCCCUGUAGACUGCAGCAUUAAUCCCACCGACCUUCUCACUGACACCCGCAUAGUCUUCAGUACCAGUGCAGUAGAAGGUGACAUGGGUCACCGCACCCCACUUAUAGAGAGCACAGUGGACCCAUUCAUCCCUUCUGCUUCUGUAACCAGCAACAAGAACCCAAUCAACUCUCUGACCAACACUAGCAUGGUUCUUCAUUCCCUUCCCACGGACUGCAUUGCUCCUCCUGUGCACAGCUCUAUGGAUCCUACCUCCCCAUGUCUAGACAUAAGAACAGAUAACAUCAACUCUAUGGAUCCCACGUCCACAUCUCUACACAUAAGAACAGAUAACAUCAACUCUAUCUCCACACCUCUAGACAUUAGAACAGAUACCAUCAACUCUAUCUCCACACCUCUAGACAUACGAACAGAUACCAUCAACUCUAUCUCCACACCUCUAGACAUACGAACAGAUACCAUCAACUCUAUCUCCACACCUCUAGACAUACGAACAGAUACCAUCAACUCUAUUUCCACACCUCUAGACAUUAGAACAGAUACCAUCAACUCUAUCUCCACACCUCUAGACAUUAGAACAGAUACCAUCAACUCUAUCUCCACACCUCUAGACAUUAGAACAGAUACCAUCAACUCUAUCUCCACACCUCUAGACAUGCGAACAGAUACCAUCAACUCUAUUUCCACACCUCUAGACAUUAGAACAGAUAACAUCAACUCUAUGGAUCCUACCUCCACAUCUCUAGACAUAAGAACAGAUAGCAUCAACCCCUACACAAACAAUACCAUGAACCUUUUCAGUCAUCCCAUAGACAGCAAUAUGGAUCCCAUAUCUUUCACACCUGACACCACAACUGUCCCAGCGAUAGUCACUCAUUUCACUGACAAACAGGAUAACACUGUGGGGGGUGACAAAGAGAAGUGCAUCAACUGUGACUCCCUUCCACUGAUCCAGACUACAACACGUGUGUUGGUUGAGGAGCCUCAAUCUCAAUGUUCUCCUGAUGUCAGAGAACACUGUGAGGUCAGAGCUAUCUGUGAGUCAGAGAGGUGGACACAGAUGGACACUCGUGACUGUGGCAAUCCAGAGGAAGAUAGCCAUUUUGAAGCACAUACCUUAUGUCAGCCUCCAGAGAAGCUGGCGCCAGAGGAACCUCGUGGCUACCAGGAAGGUGACACUCAGGGAGGCUGUGCGGUCAGUGGUGACUUCAACACAUACGACGUCUCAAAGCGUCUUAAGGGCUCAUUAACAGCACACCGCAGGGAUAGCCAUGAAUGUGAGGCUACAUUGGAGCGUGAGGUUUUAGGUUACUGUGACACACAUCUCUUGAUGCAGACUGCUGAGAAUUUCAUGAUGAAAGCGGUUGAGAUUAGCUCUGAAGGUGAAAUGAUGGAGGGUAGUAUUACUGAUGGAGCCUUUGUCACACAUCCCUUGGCCCAUAACUUCCAGAAUACAGUGACAGAAAGCCACCCGCGAAGUGAAAGCGGUAACUGGGACCAGUCAGAGGCAGGCCAGAGCCCCGCACCUGUUGCCCUGGGAGACUUAGCUGAUGUCUCCACAGGAAAAGAAGGAGUCACUUUCAAGCCAGCAGAUUAUGACUCGUCUAAUGAGUUGUGGUUGGAUGCUUGCCAGUUCUUGGCAGGUGAGGAGAAUGAGGGGUCUAUUUUAGAUGAGUGGGGGCAUUCUCCCUCUGUGAGCAGCUCUGGUGAGCCAACACACAACACAAAGGAGUCAAGUUUCCCAAGGGAAGCAGCCACUGCCGUGGAUGAGCCAGUCAGUGGCUCUGCCUUCUGGAGGCCACCUGUUGAGAGAUGGUCGUCCACAGACAGCUGGGUUAGUGCACUCUCGGACUGGGCUCCUGCUCUGCCUGCACAUCCAGAAGACCCAUUCAUCAACAAAUCGUUGGCAGAGGCCAGCAUGGCUAUCCAGGACCAGGCAGCGGAACCCAAGCCAGACGGAUCAACCCAAAGCGGGCAGAUGCUCACUACCCUCCCACAAAAUCUGUUGGUUCUUGGUGGACAUCACUCAACUGAAGUCAGAGCGGAGGUUUGGGCAGAUUCCAGAGGACAGACACCAGACCCAGGAUUACGCGGCUGCCUUUCAACUCCCCCGCAGAAGGGUACGGCUUUGCCCAGUGACAUAGGGGCUGCCUGCGACACAAUCUCAGGGAGUGACGCCCUUACGCACCCAAGCCUAUCUGACUGUUCCAGGGACAUGCUUUAUGGGGAGGGCUGUAGGAUUCAGAGAGAGUCUCUGAUGGAUUUAUACCACAAGGUGCCAUCUUCCUUACAGUUUGCAACUAAAGGCAGUGGACAACACUAUGCUAAGCAAGAGACCACUCCGUGGGAGGUGACAGAAGUCGGUGUGUCCCUGCCCGUCUUGAACAUUAAGGAGGAAGGUGAAAGGAGUUAUGGCUCUCUGAACAUCUCCGAUUACUCCAGCCGAUCAGCUCCAGCAGUGGGGCGUGAGGAGGAAGGACACAGCAAACGCACGCCUCGCCCGGCCACAGACAAGGGACACUUCACAUGCAACUUGGACCAGACAGGGUCACUGGGGUGUACCAAACAAGAAAAUAACGGAUCUCAGCUGCCGGAGGAUAAGAGAGGAUUUCUUUCACAGUUUAUUAUGCCCUUAGCCCCGCUCUACCACCCCUGCCUUGGGAACACUCCCCAGAGACUCACUCACUGCUCUUUGGCAGGGGACCACCUCGGUGCAAGAGGCCUGCCGAAGGAGCUUCAGACUCGGACAAACUCACACGGGAGCACCCAUCCCCCUGUCCUUCUUCCGUAUCUACAGAAUCGUCUGAAGACCCAUCCAAAGCUUCCAGUGGUGAAAGAUAUUGGUAAACAUGUGACGCGUGAGCUCAGAGCUCCCCUCGACACCACUGACACUUCCACCAGCUGUGACUCUUCCUCUCCCUUAAACACUUCCUCUUCCUCUGAUGAGCAAGCUGUUCAGGCAGAUUCAAGCUUCGAGAAGUGUGUUGACCAAGAGUCCUUGUGCAAGGCGAGAGUCCUUGGCAAAGAUUGUACUAAGCUGCUCAUAGCCACAGGAGAACGCUUUGCUGUUUUGGAGCAGGACCGUGUGGCCUGCCUCACUCUGGACUUGGACUACAGUUCAUAUCUUCCUCAGUGUGUUGGAGGACCUAAGAGUGAGAAAGAACAAAUAAAAAGUGCCAAUAUGUCUCACAAGACUUUAAAGGCUGCUUUGGAGGGCAAAGGUCGCUUCAGGCACAAGGAUAGGUCCGGAGGUCCUCACUUAACAACACACGCCUCCAAGAAACAGGAGAAUGUUCAUCCUGAGUCUCAAAGCGGCUCUAUGUUAGCUGACGCUAGUUGUGAGGAUGGCGUGGUGACUGUUAUUGAGACCAUUGUCAUCACAGAGAAAGUCAGCGCCAAAGCUCAUGGGAAAAAGAAGAAGAAACACCAUCCGACUACUACAACAGGGAAAACAGAAGCAGUGCCACUGGCUGAGGUUGAGAAUGGAGCCAAGCAGAAGACAACAAAGGAUAAAAUGGGCAGUGUUGAACCCUCGUUACACAUGGAGGGUGGAGUCAAACAGAAAGCAUUUGGGGCAAAGAGCAAGACUGACACUUUUGAGGCUAAGCUGGCUCAGAGGAGUGGAAAAGGCCUGGCCAAACCAGUGACACAGCCAAAGAGAGAGGCUCUGCUCUCUGACAUUUCACCAGCUCAGAGAUUGCUGCAAGAGAACGCAGGCAAACCAGAUAGCAAGAAGAGUGACAACAUCAGACACCUCACUGGGGACAAGCAUGGGGUGCUCCCCUCUGAAUCCAAACAGCAAAUACCGAAGGGCUCUCUCCAACCUCAGAAGGGUGGAGAAGUGGGGCAUAAGAAGGCCUACAGUGAGGUGGUCAAAGAGAGGACACACACACUAAAGCAAGUCCCUCAGGUGCUGGAGGAUAUCCAAGCAGUGCCGGUCCUUAAUGAUGCCCAAAGUAUCUCUCUUCAGUGCCAGUUUGGUACCCUCACAGCAAGUUCCACUGUCACCUGGACAAAGGGGGGAACCAUGUUGUCAAAGAACCAAAAGGGGGCUGGUGAUGAGGGCCAGGCGUGUCUGACCCUGCUGAAGGCCUGCAGUAAGGACCUGGGCAUGUACCGCUGCCUGCUCAGCAGCCUUCACGGCUCAGCCUUCUCUGACUUCCACCUCACCUCUGAAGUUCUCUGUGAACUUCUCAUCCCAACUCAUAGUACUGAAGUGGAGGCCUCUGAAGUCACGGGCGAUGAGGAGGAUGUGCACUGUGCCCCGCUGCUCUUCAGGGACAACUUCCUGUCAGAGCAGUAUUUUGGGGAGAACCAGCCUGCCAGCAUUGUGACGGAGAAAGAGCACUUUGGCGAGGGCAUGCACCGCAAGGCCUUCCGGGCCACACUAAGGGCCGGCAUGGCGUCAGUCUUCACCUCAGGGCACCCGUGUGUCCUGAAGGUGCAUAACUCCAUCAGCCAUGGCACCAAGAACAGUGAGGAACUUGUUCAGAGGAACUACGGCCUGGCUGUGGAGGUGAGACAUAGCAGCCAUGAGGAAUGCCAUGUACAGAAUACUGCCAGAGAGUAUAUCAAGGAAUACAACCAUGUGGCCAAAGCAUCUAAGUCGUUUGGAGAAGUUCCUGAAAUCAUUCCCAUCUACCUGGUGCAUCGGCCCUCCAGUGAUAUUCCCUAUGCCACCCUGGAGGAGGAGCUUAUGGGUGACUUUGUGAAGUACUCAGUGAAGGAUGGAAAGGAAAUCAACCUUAAGAGGAGGGAUUCAGAGGCCGGGCAGAAGUGUUGUUCCUUUCAGCACUGGGUCUACUCCACCACAGAAGGCAACCUGCUGGUGACGGACAUGCAAGGAGUUGGCAUGAAGCUAACAGAUGUUGGCAUCUCCACCUGCAGGAAAGGGUAUAAGGGCUUCAAAGGGAACUGUGCAGCCUCUUUCAUUGACCAGUUCAAAGCCUUGCAUCAGUGCAACCGCUUCUGUGAGCUCCUGGGCCUGACGUCUCUGCAGCCCAAGCCCAAAAGGGCCGCUCCUCCGGCCAAGCCCAAGCCCCAGCCUGCUGCCAAGAAAAAGACUUUUGGCCCAACACUGAAAGGAAAGUCCUGAUAGAUUGAGAGAUGUGGCCAGCUUGUGAAUGGGUGAUUUAUUUUUUCAAUGUACAUAUCUGCAACAGGAGUGGGAUGAUGCAGUGUCACAUGAGUUCAUUGUGGACUGGAGUUCUGCGUUUGUUCUUGGAGCAGAGAUCGAACCAUGCUUGCACACAGUGUUAAUGGACUGAAAUGCUGUUAUAAGAUAAGAACAGUGCACAUGCUCUUUACAAAUGUUCACCAACUGUGUGAGGUGUUUGCGGAACAUACCGGAAUGAGCUCAUGUAUUUGUUGGUCCAGUCUUGGACUUUACGAGAUUCUAUUUAAUUACACACAUUAGGAUUGUGUCCCGUAGGAUUGUGUCACAGCGCCUUCUUCCGUUUUUGUCACAGAAGGUUUUCUUAUCAUCUGGCACAUUAGCAAAAAUUGUGUUCAUUUGAACACUAUACUGAAUUUUGAGUUAUGUGUCCCACAUAACAUAUAUUGAAUUCUUGUGAGUUAUUGUGUCAUGCGUAGAUUCAGAUUGUGUCUGAUCAGCUGUGAAUAUAUGAAUAUAUGAAUGUGUUAAACACGCCAAUGUCAAUGUUGUUCU